AUGGUCGAAACGGAACGGGGGGCGGGACCUAUCCCCUCGACCUCCUCGCGCCUCCUGGGCCAUGUCGGGCACUACCUCGCGCUGCCGGUCUGGAUCUUCGGCCUGGUCGCGGGGGCCCUAUGGCCCACAUUCACCUUGCUCCUCCUCUUCUUCUUCCCCAAGCUGGGCACCGUGAGCCUGGCCUUGCUGGUCAUCGCCCUGUUCACCCCGCUGGACGUGCCCUGCCCCAAAUUCAUGACCCGGUAUCUGCGCUACUGCACAACGGCGGCCAGCGAGUACUACCCCGUCACCAUCCGCUACGUGAAGCGGGAGGCCUUCAAGGACACUAAGAAGCCUUUCGUGAUCGGGUACGAGCCGCACAGCGUCAUGCCGCAGGCCAUGUCCAUGUUUGGGUCCCAGCCCCAUCCGGAUGUGCUGCCGGAGCUGCAGCACGCCCGCCUCCUCGCCUCCUCGGCCGGCUUCUGGGCCCCCCUCACCCGUCACCUCUGGUGGUGGCUGGGCGCGCGCCCCGUCUCCCGCGAUUCCUUCGCCGCGCAGCUGCGCUCCGGCAGCUCCGUCGCGCUCUGCCCCGGCGGCGUGCAGGAGUGCCUGUACAUGGAGCGCGGGGCCGAGGUGGUGUACCUGCGCCGCCGCCGCGGCUUCGUCAGGCUGGCGCUGCAGCACGGCACGCCCCUGGUCCCCGUCUUUGCCUUUGGCCAGACGGAGACCUACUCGUAUGUGCGCCCCUUCAUCGACUGGCGCACCAGCCUCAUCCCCAAGUCCAAGUACUUCAGCUUUGUGCGCCGCAUUGGCUAUGUGCCCAUGCUCAUCUUCGGGUCGCUUGGCACGGCCAUGCCCAAGAAGUUCCCCAUCAACAUCGUGAUCGGAGAGCCGAUCGUCGUGCCCAGGGUGGAUUCCCCGCCCCCGGAGCAGGUGGAGGAGUACCUGCAGAAGUUCAUCGCUGCAAUGCAGGGCAUCUUCGAGGGCUACAAGGCGGAGUGCGGGUACCCCACCCUCAAGCUCAUAGUGUACUGA